AAGAAGAGGAGUAACCAGGUAGUUAGGCAGGAGUUGAGAACAAUGUCAGGUCUAGAGAAAUAGUAACAUAAGUGAGGCAUGUAGUGAUCACCAAUCACAAGCGUCUGUGGCCAGUAGAUUAAAUCUGUUUAGAUCAAUGCAUCUCAGGCAGAGUGAGAUGCAAGUGCUGAGCCUGAUUGGCUGGCAUCCUAGCUCCUUGAUAGGAUAAUCAGCCCUUGUCAGAGAGGAUAGUAGCCACAGCAACUGUGUGAUGCCAUCAGUGCCCGCAGAAGAGAAGGAGAUCGCUGGUGGAGCCCGAUGGGGGAGAAAGUUUUCCGGGUAUUUCCACAAAACUACAAGCAAGUAGAACUCAUCAGAAGCUUGGCUAACAGUGCAAAGCUUGACUUCUGGGUGCCAGACCAUGUUGAUCUUGUAGAACCAGGAAGACGCGUUGACUUCCGUGCUGAAAGCCAUGUGUCCUAUGAUAUUCAGGCUCUUCUUCAACAAAAUGAAAUUCCCUUUGAAAUUAUGAUUGAUGACCUCCAGGAAGCCCUGGAUAAGCAACGUGAUAGCAAUAUCCGUGCUGUUCACAGCUAUGAGAAGUACAAUAAUCUUGAUACAAUCAAUGCUUGGGGUGCAAACCUUGCUGCUCAGUACCCAGGUCUGGUGUCCCGUUCUGCUAUUGGAAACUCAUAUGAAGGACGUCCCAUUUACUUGCUCAAGGUUGGAAAAAGUGGAGCAAACAAGAGGGCAGUCUUCAUUGACUGUGGAUUCCAUGCAAGAGAAUGGAUCACCCCUGCUUUCUGCCAGUGGUUUGUGAAGGAAGCUGUUAACUCUUAUGGUACUGACACACAAUUCACCAACCUCCUCAACAAUCUGGAUUUCUACGUUCUUCCAGUCAUGAAUGUUGAUGGCUAUGUAUACAGCUGGAACACAAACCGUAUGUGGAGAAAGACCCGCUCAGCUAACAAAAAUAGCAACUGCAUUGGAACUGAUCCCAAUAGAAACUUCAAUGCUGGAUGGUGUACUGUUGGAGCUUCUUCCAGAGCCUGUGAUGAUACAUAUUGUGGCAGUUCUCCUGAAUCAGAGCUUGAAAGCAAAGCCGUUGCUAACUUCAUCCGUGCUAACAUUCCUUCUAUCAAGGCCUACCUGACCAUCCAUUCCUAUUCCCAGAUGUUGCUCUUCCCCUAUUCCUACUCCUACUCUCUUGCCAAGGAUCACACUGAACUGAAUAAUGUUGCCAAGGGAGCAGUUGCUGCAUUGACUGGUUUAUAUGGAACCAAAUAUACCUAUGGUCCUGGUGGAAAAACAAUCUACUUGGCUGCUGGAGGCUCCGAUGACUGGGCUUAUGAUGCCGGUGUAAAAUACUCCUACACCUUUGAGCUUCGUGACACUGGAAGAUAUGGCUUUGCUCUCCCCGAAAGUCAGAUUAAGGCUACCUGUGAAGAAACUCUGCUGGCUGUGAAAUACAUUGCCAAUCAUGUACUCAACAACUCCUAAGUGAAAUGUAUUAUUCUGUCAAACCAUGAAAGGAAGAUUAUCCAUUUUCCAUUUGUAUUUAAUAGUAUCUUUCUAAUUCUUUUUGACUCCCUUGGUUAUAAUUACCAAAUUGCAAAAAUGAAUGUAAAUGACUGAUAAGGAAAAAUAAAGGA